AUGGAUUUUGUUGAAUCUGAUGACCAGGUGAAAAAGAUGGAUGUAGUGUUCAUAGUGUCUGGCUAUAUCACCUCCCCAGGGUACCCCCAGGAUUACCCAUCCCAUCAGAACUGCGAGUGGAUCAUCUAUGCUCCUGAACUCAACCAGAAGAUCAUCCUCAAUUUCAACCCUCACUUCGAAAUUGAAAAGCAUGACUGCAAAUACGACUUCAUUGAUCGGAAUGGGGACAGUGAGUCCGCAGAUCUACUGGGAAAGCACUGUGGGAACAUUGCUCCGGCCACCAUCAUCUCCUCGGGCUCUGUGCUCUACAUCAAGUUCACAUCCGACUACGCCCGGCAGGGGGCCGACUUCUCCCUGCGCUAUGAGAUCUUCAAGACAGGCUCUGAAGAUUGCUCCAAAAACUUUACAAGUCCCAAUGGGACCAUUGAGUCCCCCGGGUUUCCUGAAAAGUAUCCACACAACUUGGACUGCACUUUUACUAUUCUAGCCAAACCCAAGAUGGAGAUCAUUCUGCAGUUUUUGACCUGUGACCUAGAGUAUAACCCCUUGCAGAUGGGAGAGGGAGACUGCAAGUAUGAUUGGCUGGACAUCUGGGAUGGAAUCCCGCACGUCGGCUCCCUGAUCGGCAAGUACUGUGGAGCCCAGAUCCCCUCUGAGCUACGUUCAUCCACCGGGAUCCUCUCUCUGACCUUCCACACAGACAUGGCAGUGGCCAAGGGCUUCUCUGCACGCUACUACCUGGUGCACCAGGAGCCUCUGGAGAGUUUUCAGUGCAAUGCCCCUCUAGGAAUGGAGUCUGGCCGGAUUGCUAAUGAGCAGAAUGCCUCGUCCACCUACCUGGAUGGGAGGUGGACCCCUCAACAAGGCCAACUCCAUGGUGAUGACGAUGGCUGGACCCCCAACUUGGACUCCAACAAAGAGUAUCUCCAGGUGGAUCUCCACUUUCUCACAUUGCUCACAGCCAUUGCAACAAUGGGAGCCAUUUCCAGGGAAACUCAGAAAGGCUACUUUGUCAAAUCCUACAAGCUGGAAGUCAGCACCAACGGGGAAGACUGGAUGGUGUACCGACAUGGCAAAAACCACCGGAUAUUCCAAGCCAACACUGAUGCCACGGAAGUGGUGAUAAACAAGCUGCAUUCACCGCUGCUGACAAGGUUCGUCAGGCUCCGCCCCCAGACCUGGCACACGGGCAUCGCCCUCCGCCUGGAGCUCUACGGCUGCCUUGUCACAGACGCGCACUGCUGCAACAUGCUGGGCAUGCUCUCAGGCCUCAUUGCGGACUCCCAGAUCUCCGCCUCUUCUACUCGCGAAUACCUUUGGAGCCCCAGCGUCGCCCGCCUAGUCAGCAGCCGCUGGGGCUGGUUCCCAGGCAUCCCACAAGCCAAGCCAGGCGAGGAGUGGCUGCAGGUUGACCUGGGAGCGCCCAAGACUGUGAAAGGGGUCAUCAUCCAGGGCACCCGUGGGGGAAACAAAGUAAAACUCAACUAUAUAAUAUACCCCUUCCAUUUUGUGCUUGCUAGUUUUUGCAACUGA